AGCAGAGGCACUAACCAAACAACUAAGCUCACCUCCACUAAGAAACCUGUUUACAGGGUUUCUCCCUUCCACCUGGUAUGUGGUAGAACCGGUUUGAACUCAUCCCAACCAGCAGUACUGAGAAAACUUGGUUUCAGGCUUCAUUGCUACUUUGAUGUUUAUGGCUGUCUGGAGGAGACGGUGACGGAUUGGUCAGUCUGAAGCCCAGUGGUUCCACCUUGUUUGGCAGGCGUUUUCUUUAAUGGCAGCCUUGCCGGCCCUGUGGAUCGUGGUUCUGUCGCUCCUACAGACGGGCCACUGCUUUGUUCGUAAGCAACAAGCAGCAGGAGGCCCAGUGUUUCUGGAUGAGCAGGCGGCAGCAUCCUUCAUGUCUCGCUCCUUGCUCUACAACCACUGGGACUUUGAGCUGGUGGUGCCGGAUGACUUGGAGCGGGAGUGCAGGGAAGAGAUGUGCAGCUAUGAGGAGGCCAGAGAAGUUUUCGAGGAUGACGUUAAAACGAUGGCGUUCUGGGAGAGCUAUAAAGACAGUCACGCAAAUGUGACCAAGGUGGAUGUUUCUGGGCUGGUGGCGGGAAUCCUGGCCAUCGUCGUCACAGCGGUUAUGAUCACUGUGCUGGGAAUCUACUGCUGCAAGAACCAGAAGAAACCCAGGACCAGAUCAGGCCGAGUUCCAGUAAGACUGGCAGAAGAUGGAUCCAGACUCCCAGAGGGAGUUCCCCUGUCUACAGUGGUGAUCCCACCUCCACCGUUACCCAGCUACAACGAGGCUUUGACCCGCAGUGGGCAGCAUGAUGCCCCACCGCCACCUUAUUCAGGGGGGGCGCCAUCUGAGAUUGCUGAACCAGCAGACAACUAAUGAGAGGCGGGCUGGCAGGAGUGAUGUCUCUGCACCUGAUGGUGAUCUUAGUGAACUUCAGCUUCCUGUUGCUAGUUUCACAUACAGGAGGGCCAGAGUCCAGCCCUGAACCAUGAGUGACCAGACUUCAUGAGAGGAUCUCUGAGGGGGGGUGGGGUUCUUUGUUGUGA